AUGUUUUUUCAGUUCCAAAAUGAUCUGAGGGUGUGUGUUUGAAUUUGUUUUUGCCAAAUAAUUUUAAACUAUAUAUCUAUUGUUAAUUUAUGCCCCUAAAUACGGCCAUGUUAGAACAGAAAGACUGGCCAGUGAUAUUAUCUCGAGCGGUUUGGAGUAUAACCUCUUUUUCAAUGCAAAUAUUUUCUCAAUGAUGAAAAAGACUUUAGCAUCAGAUUCAGAUUGCGCACACGAAUGUUAUGAAAAUAAUGACAAAUUUGAUCUUAAUUAGUUCAAAGCACUAAAUAUAAUGAAUUCAAGCCAUGAAUUUGACAACCCGUCGUCCAAAAUAUUGGGCUUCUUUUUUGUUCUUUUCGCGUGGACGAAGGUCAUUUUUCCGUUGAUAUUGAACCGGAGAGUAAGGUCCGAAGUGACAGACAAUUGGUUGCCCAAAAGUUGUCAGCAUUAAUGCAAAGUGUAUUAAGAGGAUAUUACUAAUAGUGUAAAGGCACAAAGUUCUACUAAUGAGUGUAAUUUAAUUAGAGUGGUGGUAGGUAUUUAUUGUAAUUACGCACGCCCGGGAGACAUCGGCAAUAACAAAGGAAUAUGAGCUUAAAUGACUUUUAAUUUAUUCAAACAGCCGUUUUGGGGAACUUGCCGCCGAUUGCGUUUCCGUACUCACAGAAGGAAUUUCAAAGUUCAAUUUUUAAGGUAAGGUUAUUUUACUUUUUUGUAAAAAUAGAUAUAGAUAACGAUAGUGCAAUGAUAAAUUCAAAAAAUAAAUUUAUCCAUAAAAGAAAGUCCAAUAGAAUACAGACCAUAGACUAGGUCUUUAAAGUGCUUAAUCGCUUUACGAGCUUUUGGGCCAUGAAAUUUGCCUAUUUUCAUGGCGAUCAUCAACUAAACAUUUCUCGCUUGAGUAAAAAGAUAAAAAGCUUUCAUGAAAUUUGAAAUGGCUAUUUCCCACCUUUUAAUGGUUACUCUUCCUGAUAUUAACUUGAUUAUUGCUGACUUGUUAUUUUUUACACUCGAUAACAUGUUCUUAAAGACAAUUAAAAGUAGAAGUUAUUUCGUUUCGCGAUUUUGCUUUUCCUUUCUGAAUCUUAACGACGUUUAUUUUGGGUUAGAAAUAAUGGACGAGCAAUUAUUUCAAAUGCAUGUUUCCAGUUCUGUCGCUGAGGACAACCCAUUAUUGUUAGUGAACAAGCCAGAUGUUGUCGGUGAGGCAUUUCAAAGUUCAAACAAUCAGGGGCAAACUGAGAAGAUGAAAAUUAUCCGUCCUUACUUUAACAUUGUUAAGAGUACAAGCUUUAGAUUGAAAAAAGAAAGAAAGACAGGAAAAAAAAGGAUUUACAAAAACAUGAUAUAAAUUGUUUUUUAUAUGCCCGGUAGCACUUCAUCAAACAAGGAAAAUGAGGACGCUGUAAUGUUUUUCCCCCUAGACGUUUCAUGAAAACCAUCAACACUAAUGUAGAAACUCUUUUAUUAAUUUUAUUCAGAAAAGGUAAAAGGUCAGAAGGGCCUACAAGUGUUGUUUUCAAAGAGUUAGAUGUUUAAUAACGCUACACGAUUCGCAAAGAACAAGCAUGCAACGGUUAAUACACGACUCAAUCUCUUCACCUAUACACUCAUUGAGCCAGCCAGGAUUAACUCGUACAUUGGGAUACGCUACAAAAGUUAUUAUUCAAAUCUAGAGUUUUGUGUGUUGUAUUUUCCUAUCUGCUGCGCAAACUAAUAAAUUACUCACCUCUAAGAAGUAAUAAACAAGAAAAACUAUAAUAAGACACAACGUCACUAUUUUCACCGUCAAACUAACCCACCGCCCACUUAGGUUCAUAACAAUGUUUUCGUUCCAAUUCUAAUGUAACUUUCUUUUGCCCGUUUCUAACUUUUUCCCUUAGUCUAUAAUCUUUACGUUUUUAUUUAUUCUUUCACACUCAACUUUUUUGCCCAGCACUUUUGUUAAUUAUUUCGUUUAGUACUGUGUUACAGUUACGAAUUUCCAGUCAGCAGUAAUGUCAUUUAUAAUUCGUCUUGAAAUCGUAAAAAGGAUCAAUUUUUGGGUGGAAACGUGAAAGAAAAUUUCCGGCAAUACAGUCUUUCCGGACAGUAAUUUUGAUGGACAAAAGUUAAUCAGCACGACUUCCAUUAGCUACUUUAUCUCACUUGUUUGAAAUUUCCUGUUAGCUUAAGGAAACUUGUCCAGAACAAAGCUAACGAAGAUAUAACGCGAUUUUCUAAAUUAAAGACGAAGAGAUAAUUACGAUUGAAACCACCAAAAAUAAGGUGAUAACUUAACAGAAGAGAAAGUCAUACCAAGUCCUCAAAAUUUUUAUUUUUGGAAAUCUUUCUCUUCAGAAACAUUUAACAGUCAACUGUCUCUGAGACCCGCACUAAGUGUCGGUUGUAGCCCGCCCUAUAGUAUAUUAUGUGGUGGAUGUUUCUUGGUGGUGCGGAAAUUCAGCUGUAGGUUAGAUAUUGUUGUGUUGUGGUGUGGCUAUUUUUCAUGAGGUAAAUAUAGAUUCAUCUGCCUAUCCAAGCACUGACGUCGGCUAAGCACUCAUCAGCAAUCAUAUAUCCGUGUUUGUGCUCUAGUGUGAUUGGUUCUCAUCCGCCGUUGUUUAUUGCUUAAUUUUGCUAUUGCAACACCAAAACUGUCUGAUUUGAGCUGUCCGAUUAUCUGGAGCUUGUAAUCGAACAGUGGAACAGCCAAUGAAAAUGUUGGAGGAAGCAAAGGUCACUGGUUAAUGAAAUUUAACUACAUAGCCUACGAUAACCAGUUAAAAUCGAUGAAAAAAUAAUAACUGAGCAGGCCAUCCAGUUUCAGCUUGAAAACAGAUCACGAUAAAAAAGGACGAAGUGAACUGAUCCAAUUAAUUAGUUAUUCAUUCAACAAAUUUCUCUAUCUCUUAUUUGCUUUCAUCCCCCGGGUCAUUCUUUGUAGCUGGCACUGACCAAAUUUGGAAGAUUUAGGCAAUAUAUAAUCGCAGUCUUGUUUCCUAUGGCGCGGCAACAUAGCUGUUUUGGCAUGAGUGUAGAACUCGAGAAAAUGGCGAAAGAGUCCACGACUGUCUUAAGACUAACCAGACUAGAGUUUAACAGAACUCAAAUUGAAGGGAACAGAUGCAAGAAUACGCAAAAUUAUUUCUCGAUGUUUGCGCUUCGUGCUCGCCUAAAAAACGCUAAAAAUAGCGCCUGUUCUGCAGGCCAGAAGAGUAUCUGCAAGGAAAAGACAUCUCUUUAUAUAUUUUGAAUAGUUGUACGUGUAACGUAUAUGCUUAAAUAGAAGAAGGAACUAUGGAAAUACGUCACGUCUUUCACGGUGAUUGAUUGGUUGGAUUUUUCGUUAGUCUUAGUUUUCCAAAUAUGGAAAUUUCGCUGCGCUCACUCGUGAAAUAUUUUUAGCUGUACCUAUCAGCUGUGCUGAUAGGUACAGCUAGCAGCUAGCAGAGGCCUCUUUGUGUCCAACGCGCGCUUAUGUUUUUUUAACAGACCUUGUCACGGUUUUGGAAGCUAUCUUGACGAGUAGGCAACCGCUUGAGAAAUUACAGUGUUUGCAUGAGUAUCUAAUUAACAAUUAAUGAAUGAGGCUGAGUAUCUUAUGAAGAAUUAUGGAGAUCGAGGAGGGUGUCAUCGGCCGAGGCGGAUAACACCCUCCGAGAUCUCCAUAAUUCUUCUUAAGAUACGAAAGCCGAAUUCAAUAAUUGUUUAAUUAUUCAUUCAAAAUAAUGAAAAAAUAUUUCACGAGUGAGCGCAGCGAACGAGUGAAAUAUUUUUCAACACUCGAAGAGAAAUUUCGUAUCUCCGCGCGGCCAUGUAAUAUCCUCUAUAUUUUUUUUCAGAACAUUCGUUUUACGGAAAUUAUUUGACAUUAGAUUCUCAUCCAAACACUGUAAUUUCUCGCCCGCUUGCCUACUCGUCAAGAUGGCUUCCAAGACCGUUACAAGGUCUAUUAUUUCUAUUUUUGAUGGAAUACCCAUGGGGAUCCCGGGAGCCUCUACGAGGGAGACAGGAGCAGUCUUGUAUUGAGAUAUGAUUGCGUUAGUCUUGACGUUCUCAGAUAAAGCUGUUUAUCCACCAAAGUCAACUUCCGAAUAUAAAGUUGCUCUAAGUUCUGGAUGUCAAGACUUGUAUUCUCGCAUUUGUCUUGUCAGUGCGCGUCAAAGGCCUUUUCAAGGCAUAAAAAAUUUUAAGGAUCUAAUUAAAAUCAUUUUAUGAACGGUUGGUUUAAAAGUUUAGAUGAAAUAGAGAAAUUUAAAAAAUACGUAUUUACCCGGCUUGUGAUCAGACAUCCGGCUACGUCAAAUUAAAUUCAACGUCAAAUUUAUGACGUUACUCCAAUAUAUUCUUAAUAGUACUCAAUAUCUGUAAAAACGUAGACGGCUGAAAUAACCGGAGGAAACCAUUAAUUACUCAUUUCCUCGAAUAGCUAAAUCCUUAGGACUAAAUUAUCCAAAUCAGAUAUGAGGACGAUAACCAUAAACCAGGCUAGUUGAGAAGACGUUUAUUAUGAUUCCGAUCCAUUGCGCAGCCCUUUCACACGUUUGUGACUGUAUAACUUGCCCAGUCCUGCAUCGGAGAGUAGGGAAAUCGAUCCUGCCAGUUUUUAUGCGUAUAUUAGAUCUACGGAGGUCAUAGCCAUCAAAAACUACUCCUCCCAGCCCUUUAUUUGAUUGAAAUCUUCCUGGAAUUCCACAAACGUGACGCUGAAGCGGAUGUUGAGAAACUGCCUACGACAGGAAAAAAUUAGCUUCUGUAAAUUUUCACGAUUUUUUUUCUUCUGUCUAGAAAUCCACGAACGGGAAAUACUGCGGUAGACUAUAUGCCUCAGGUCCUCAGGUAAUCAGAGAGCCAUUCUUCUUUCCCGAAGGUAAGUCUCUUCCUUGUUCAUACGCACUCUGUAUAAAUCCUUCUUUAAUUUCUUUAUUUCCAUUCUUCAUUAGCGCUCCUAAAAAAAACCCCAAAAAACGUUCCAGUACAAGCUCUUGUAAAAACACCAUUUUUGUUUUUUUUUUCCUUUUAAUUAUGGCUAAGGCCUUGUACAGCACAGUAGCUCAUACAUGUCCUUGGUGAACCGCAAAGAGACAUCGCUUCGUUCUCGAACCUAACAAUGGCUGCCUUCUUUCUAGUCAGAAAUUUCUGACGGACUAUGGUGUCGGUUGCGCUGAUUUUUCUUGCUUUGAGUGUUUUAACAAAACAAAAUUCGCUCUUCUUCAAUAUCUUGUACUAUAACAACGGUUGGUGUAACAAAGUCAAGUGUAACAAGGGGGACUUUUUCAGGUUCUUUGCUUCGCAUCCUCAAACUGUCUUUACAGAAUGUAACAAAAUUACGUUGAAACGUGACUCGUUUUAUUUCACAGCAUUAUUAACGGAGCUUUAGAAUUACCCAUUUUAAAUAUUCAUUGGGGGGCAUUGAGAUAAACAGCGGUUAUUGAAGUGCUUUCCGCGAUUAAUCGGCGUGAGACGCGAGUUCUACUUCGUAAAGACUCGUAAAUUAAUAGCCGUUUUGACACAAAACUCGUGCUGUCUGAUGGGUUCGCAAUUUAAAUCGACGCAAGCUGUCUUAAAUGUCUCAUUGUGGGUAAACAGUGAUUGUUGAUCGUUUACUUGAUUUGAUAAAAAAAAUUUUUGCCAAUGAAAUCCUCAUUUUAAGACAGAACUUGAGUUUAUUUUCUUUUUUCUUAAAAAUAUUUUGGUCUUGUUCAUUUGAUCUUUUGACAUAGUUUCAAGCGUAUCCGUCAAAAUUGCGGAAGUCAAUCCAAAGUGCUCGGACAGCUCUGAGGUUAUACAAUGCGGAAAGGUUAAAGAAGAUUAUUUUCCUUGCUAUACUAACAGUAUAAGACGACAUACUAAAUUAGCCCGUCAUUCCAAUCUGUUCUAAUGUGGGAUGUGUACAUGUAUUCUCACAAUUAUAGUUUAAGCUAGAGAAGUAAAAUGUUAAUAAUUUCUUUAAAAAACGGUUCAACCACCAGCAUUUUAUUACAUGCCUUCCUGUAUCCUCUACACUGGCAUAACUAAUUUUGGUAAAAAAAAAUCUGGUGUCUGGUGGCCAUAAUCUCUUUAAUUUGUGUUCGUCACGUCCGUUUACUAGCAAACCUGCUGAGUAGUUUUAUUGCGUGCUCCAUUUUCUCCUUAGGAGCCUUUAGAAUAAGACGCUGUCAGACUUCUAACUCUAUUUCUCCUGCCUUGUAGUUUGUACUUAAACUGAUUUUGGUCCUUAUCUUUAAUUAAUAAUUCUGAAUUUUGGCCGUCCAAAAAAUGCUUUUUCCUCUUGAGAAAUGUCCCAGAGACUAGAAACGAGUAAAGAAGGCUGAUGACGUCAUAUGACGUCAGUUGAUUUGCUCAACCUUCGUUUCCAAUUCUGGUCAUCACUUUUUGUUUUGUGGAAUUAAGCGAUGCAUUUGGCGGUAAGAAAGGUAUAGCAAAGCAAAUGGAGGUUCUGCUAACGAUUGGGGAGUUAUCGACAUUGACAACCCUUCGUAUAUUACACUCUUGCAGACCAUUCUACGUCAUACUUGUCAAUUUGUCAAUUUGGCCUCGCUGUAGGGCGGACAUCUUUUGGGAAAUUUGCGCCCUUGAAGACGAAAACAAAUUAUCCAUGAUUUUGACGAGUUUAAAUUUCGGAUACAUAUUAUACACAUAUUUAAGGAUUUAAAACGCAAAAAAAAAAAAAAAAAAACAGCAAUAACAACAACAACAACAAUCGACUUAUAUACACUUUAAAUAAAGAGAAAUCUGAUUUCGUUUUAGUUUGUUGGUUAAGCUGCUGACCAGCGCCGGCUUUCCUGAAGUGGUGCUUUUAUUGUUCUGAAGCUUGUUCUAACUUUUGCGUCUGUGGAUGAAACCCUAAAGAGUGGUCAUUCAAUUGAAAGCUUCUGAGCAGUACUCUCUUGUGGUGCUGUUUAUCAUGCCUUGCAAUGUGGUUCUAACUUUCCGUCUGUGGAUGAAGUGCUAAAGAUUGGCCAUUCAAAUGAAAGCUACUGAGCAGUACUUUCCUGUGGUACCGUUUCAGCUGUUUAUUAUGCUGUACAAGGUGGUUCUAACUAUUGAGUCUGUGGACGAAAUCCUAGAGUGUGACCAUUCAAAUGAAAGCGAAGGAGCAGUACUUUUCUGUGGCACUGUUUAUUAUGCUGUACAAGGUGGUUCUGAGUUGUAAGUUUGCGGAUGAAAUCCUUAAGCGUGGUGGUUCAAACUAAAGCUACUAAGCAGUACUUUUCUUUUAAGUGAUCUUUUUACGCUGAAUGAAUUCCAAUAUAGCGUUUAGGCUGACGGGAGGUCCGCCUAGCCAUCUGCACUGUCUCUGACGCUAGAAGUCCUUCAAGGGUUCAACCGAUUAAAAGUAUUCUAUGAACGGAGCUCAAUUUUUUAGCUUCUGACUAGAAGUUCAUAAAAAGCUCUCAGAAAAUAUCUACAGUCACGAUGGACAGCUUUGGGGCCGGCACUAUUUCAGUGUCCAUCUUAGAGAGAUGUCUGUCUUAUAGAGAGUCAAAUAAAGAGAGUAAAGAAUGGCGGGGACCGACUCUAGGUGUCCGUUUUACAGAGGUGUCCGUCUUAUAGAGGUGGACGUGAGAGUGAGUAGACUGUAUUUUCAUUUGCCUUUACAAACAUCCCUGCUAUUGUUUUUAUGGCUAGAGACACUGUUUAAUAAUAAUAAUUCAGCUAUUGAGCAACUCGCUCUGAGAGCUUGAACAUGCCCUCUUCCCCUGGUAGUAACGCUGAGGUCCUUUUCAGGGUGACCUUGUUUAUAUACUAAGAAAAGACUCGAUGAGAUAGUGGUCCAUCACAGGGUAACCAGGAUUAAAUACUAUGUGGUGCUUGAAGAGUAUAACCAUCCCCUCCCCCCUGUAUGAGGAGCUAGUCCUUUCAGGAUACCCUGGUAUAUAAUGACGUGAUUGAGGGUAUAACUAGUUUCCCUGGGUAGAAUGAUAGCGCAUUUACAGGGUGACCCGCUGAUUUAUGUUGUAACGUCUCCUAUUCUCCCACCCACCCACCCACCCACCCACCUUGUUUAGAUAGAUAGACAGAUAGAUAGAUAAAUUUAAUUCAAAUCAUAUGGCAGCCCUCCAAGGCUGAAUUGAUACAAAACUUAAAAUAUGAAAAUGUAGGCCGUGGAUUGGAUCCUUGUUUACCGAAGGAAUCCGUGCGGAGUUCCUUGGCAUAGUAAACUUGAGAAAAGAAAAGGUAAUAUCGUGAUGAGGCAGCCAAUGGCAGAAAAAAAAAAUCCCCCACGUACUUUUUGACGUACUGAUAUUCCACGUCAUUAGUUAGCCUAAAGACACUGUCACUGAAUCAAGAAAACGAAAUUCUCUUAUAGUAUUUUCACAAAACGUGCCCCAGAAAACGGGCGAACAGGUCUAAUCACAACCGAAAUUAAACAAAUAAUUAUCAAAAAACCCUUUUUGUUUCGCAAGUCGUAACCCGUCAUCCUCUAAUCAAUUCCUUGACAGCUAUCGAUCACCCACGCUAGAUCAACUUUAGAAACAAAAAAAAGGAACAACUGGUUAAACAAACGACGUGGUAAACGUCCAAUUUAUAAAUUAAAUCCGCUCAAUUUUUUUUCUGUUUACUAGAUCUUGUUACCGGAGGGUGCGAUCAGCCUUGGUUCAGUUGACGACGCUGCCGCGCAUUUUCACUGACGCAAUCGGAUUCAACAGGAUCAAGGAAGAAUAA